AUUACCCCUGACAGGGCUCGAACGCGGGAUCUACCUCCUAGGGUUUGCGAGCAAAAAUGUCGAACAGAGCGCGGCUGUUCAAGGAGUACCGGGAAGUCCAGAAGGAUCGCAACGCGGAUUCGGACAUCCAGCUCGUCUGCGAUGACACAAACAUCCAUCGAUGGACGGCACAUAUCAAGGGACCUGCCGAGACUCCAUACCACGAAGGCGUGUUCCAGCUCGCGAUAAGCGUCCCGGACAACUAUCCUCUACUUCCACCGCUGGUCCGCUUCGUCACAAAGAUCUUUCAUCCAAACGUUCACUUCAAGACUGGAGAGAUUUGCCUCGACAUUCUCAAGACCGCUUGGAGCCCGGCAUGGACGUUGCAAUCGGUUUGCCGAGCGGUGAUUGCUUUGAUGGCUCAUCCCGAGGCAGACAGCCCUCUCAACUGCGACUGCGGGAAUUUGCUGCGAUCCGGCGAUGUGCGAGGCUAUCGAUCCAUGGCUAGAAUGUAUACUAGGCUGGCUGCUCUGCCCAGCUCGUCAUAGUCUCUCCUGUGGUAAACCAUUGUCUGUAUUGCGAUUGAAUAACACACACACACACACAUAGUUGUGACUUACGUGUUAGAAGAAUGGAUCACAUUUCACCA